CUGCUCAUGCAUUACAUGCAGUGGUGGUACGGUUGGUGCGGCCCGUGCUACGUUCGCUCUCCGAGGUUUCUUCGUCAGCGCUGCAGCAGUGCGCUACGCGCUUGUGCAUGACCACGACGUCCGCCCGUCACCGCCGGUGUUGUUCUUGAGGAGCUCUCCCCGCGUGACGUGCUCGCUGGCGGUGGGUGCUCGACCGCGUGCCGCAUCAUGACCGCGCCGGGCAUGUUGGGCCAGGUGGCCGCCUACUUGGGAUCCUCGGAAGCAGCAUUCCGGCUUCUCCUCACCAUCCUAUCGGGCUACCCACUGGCGCUGAUCCACCGGAAUUUCCUGCUGGGCAAGAGUCCCAAUGCACAGCACUUCUACUUUGCUGCCUGUGGCCUGGUGCUCUGCUGCUUCAACUAUGGUGUGGCAGUGUACCACUCGUUGCUCAACAUCCUGCUAGUCUAUGCUGUGCUCAAACUGGCCGGUGGCACACGCGCUUCGGUCGCCUUCAGCUUCAUCUUCUGCAUGGGCUACCUGGUUCUCGGCUACUACCACACAGCCACCAAGGACUACGACAUCACGUGGACCAUGCCCCACUGCAUCCUCUCCCUACGGCUCAUCGGCCUGGUGUUUGACGUCUACGACGGCACAAAGAACCCUCCGCCUCGGGGAGGACAGCAGGAAACGCUGCCGCACGACCAGAAGCGCACUGCCCUCGCCAACGUGCCGACCUUUCUGGAGGUCAUGGGGCACUCCUACUUCUUUGGCGGGUUCCUCGUUGGCCCACAGUUCCCCAUGAAGCGUUACCUGGACUUCACCCAGGGCCACUUCUUCCAUGGAAAGACUGUCAAGCCCCCUUGCAUUGUGCCUGCGCUGUCUCGGCUGGCUCUGGGCAUGGGCUGCCUGCUGUUCAGCCUGAUUGGCUCUGGAUACCUGGACGAGAAGUUUCUGCUCUCUGAUGAGUUUGUGACCCACGGCCCAGCCAUGCGGCUCAUACUCAUGGGGAUGUGGCAGGUGGUCACCCUGCACAAGUACGUUGCCUGCUGGCUACUUUCGGAAGGCAGUUGCAUCAUGGCAGGCUUGACGUACAAUGGCCGAGACGAGAAUGGCAAUGACCUCUGGAACGGCUGCGUCAACAUCUCUGUCUGGCGUUACGAGAUGGCCACCACAUUCGAUGACCUGAUUAAGUCGUUCAACAUCAACACCAACCUAUGGGUUGCACAGUAUGUGUUCAAGCGUCUGCGCUUCCUUGGCAACAAGCAGCUGUCCCAACUGAGUGCCUUGUUUUUCCUGGCACUGUGGCAUGGUUUACAUUCGGGCUACUACGUCUGCUUCUUCAAUGAGUUCAUUGUGAUGAAGUUUGAGCGUGAUGCCCUGGAGGUGAUUGAGCGGCUGCCGCGCCUCAAGCAGCUCAUCUACCACCCAUACCUGCGGCUGCCUCGCUUUCUUCUCCUCAAGGUCUACGUGCUCGUCAUGUUUGGAUACUGCAUCGUGCCCUUCGUGCUGCUCUCGCACCAGCGGUACAUUGAGGCAUACAGCCGUGUGUAUUGGAUUGGACACAUCAUCUACUUGAGCUGGAUACCCCUGUCAGUGUUCGUAAUGAAGGCUCUACCUGCACGACCUCAAGCGCCUGCCAAGAAGGAGAACUAGUGAACUCGCUCGGUGGCCAGACUUUUUCAGGAAGGCAAGAUGCGAGCCUCAAGCAUGGAUGUAUUCAUGUUGGCGCCACUAUUUGCAAAUACGACGUGUUUAAUCAUCGGAUUGCUGCGGGCAGUUAUCGAGUCCCGACACAGCUCGUACCUGAACUGUGUGCCAGUGCUGUGCAUUAGUGGGCUCCGAGCGGUUUUGUCCGAUUUUUGGGUUCGGGUGGGACGGAAACAUGUGACACAUCAAUGCCAAGCAUUAAGUAGGCAGGUGAACCGUUAUGGCUGUAGUGUGAACAAAUAGACGUUGCUAUGCAUUCAUUCCCAAUUGUGUUGUACAGCACAUUGAUGCAUGAGCGUGGAGUCACAGCUGCAGUAUGGUUGUGCUGUUGGCGUUGCGUUACUUUUUCCUAUCGAGUGCCUUGGUUUCUGUCUCCUUCCUGGACCACCGCUUUCAAGGAUGGUCACGUGGACCAAGUUGCUCGUCUCAUUUAAGGGCUGUGGUUUGAGCUGUGGGUUAUUUGUGCAUUGUUAUGGCUAAGGUUUCUUUUGCAGUUGCUGCAUUUUUGUUCUCUGGUUAGGUGGAAAUAUGUACAUACAUGUCAGGGGAACUAGCUACUUAAAUCUUCUCAAUCAGCUCUUUGUGUGGAUGCAUCAUUUUAGGAAGUGUUUCAGCUUUCACUCAGCUCGAAGCAUUCAAAGGCAGACUGAACUCUUGUAGUGCACCUCUUCUUAAAAGCACUGUAAAUAGUAGAAUAAGAAAAGUUAGGUGUUUGUUGCAAUCUCCAGUCUUUUGGCUCGGAAUGUCGGUCUCUUUGUCAGGAAGUCAUACUCCAGCAGCAAAUGGUUCCUUGUUGUAUUUCGUAGAGUUGGAAGAAGCCUUGUGUACAGAUGGGUGCAGCUACGGUUCACCCUCAUCUUUUGGGGGAUUGAAUGCACUGUGAUAGCAGCAGCUUCUUGUUGCCUUGACUAGGUGAAUUUUGCCUUCUCAAUCCAUACUGUUGUUGCAAUAGUAAUCACAAGACAAGCAUACCAUUUGAUAGUUGUCUUGGCACAAUAAUCGACUUCCAGAGCAGUGUUUUCCUCAGGCAGCUGUGGGAGAGAAACUCUUCUGAAGCACACACACAGUUACUGGAUCCAAAGCACCAUGGUGCCAUCGUGAACCUUGCAUCACGAGCUCGUUGCUGGUCCUAGCUUUUUGCUGAAACUGGCCAUUGUCUGAUAUGGUGGGACUAGCUCUGUGCUGAAAUGUGCUCGGUGCCAGUAGCUUUACUGUACUUAAUGGCACCUUCUAAGAUGUAAAGUUUGCACUUGGCUGCCAUGCAAUGCAUCACACCUGGCAGCAUGGCAGUGAUGUGCAACAUUCCGUCUCAUUGUUUCGUAUGAAAAAGGAAUGUUGAAGAACACUAAGCUUUUCAGUUACACUGGAGUGAGCUGAACCACCACCUGCAACACACAUUUAAACACGUGUUCCCCUAUAUAGCAGCUUUGUUUUUUCUUUAGGGCUCGUGCAUUGAGACAGGUCUUUCUAGCUGGUGCUAGUUUGGACAUUUAAGCUGAAGCAAUAUGUAGUCAAAUGCAUUCUGAAGCAUCCAUAUCCAUCCGAAAAUUUUCAUAAUGUAAAGCAUUGCCCUGCCUUUCUCAGGGCUUACCGUAGCUGUCCAGCCUGGCCUUUGCCAGGAAAGAGAACUAGCCGGUUGUCACUCUGUGUAUAAUACACAAAAUGGCAGGGCACAAUCAUGCACUGGCAGAUCCUUUGCAAGUGAUGUGCAUAGAAAGGCAUUCAGUUUGAAAAAUAUACCACUUUAGCAUAUAUGACGACAUUUGCCCCUGUGCAGGCAGACUGGCUGUCUUUUUAUUUUCUAUUCAUUAUUUGCUCCUUCGUUUCACAAUUCUUUGCUGUGUCUUAAUGCUGGCUAGUUCUAGUUGUUGGCACUGGGAGCAGCAUAGUACAAUGCUAGUAGCACAUUGUGGAUGCGUGUACGUGGUGUCCAUGUACGUGAACAGCAGCCCAGUGCACUGCUGGAGUAUGCUGAAGGCCUUCCUGACUGAUUGGUUCUGUAACAGUGAUAUUGGUGUAGUUGAUUUCCCAGAAUUAUAUUCCUUCUCUUGUGCAGUAUUACACAGCAUACAUGAAGGUGCCUUAAUAAAGUUUUGUUUUGACUUGUC